UCUCUGGCAGUUUGUGACAAAACGUCACUGAAUGAAAAAUUAGACAAGUCCACUUGCCUUCAGUGGUACGAACUCCAAAACCCAGAUUUAAGGCCAACAAAUGUGACAACUUUAUCAGGAAGAGGAACAAAGAAGAACAAAAAGAAACAAUUAAAACAGAACAUAAAGGACUACAUCCGCUACCUUUACUUUGAACACAGAUGUAAAGGUGGGAACCCACAGACUGUUAAAAUGUGUCUCUUUUAUCAGAGAGAGGGCGCACCAGCCAAAGAACCUCAGGGUUUAUUGGUUUUUAAUGAAGCACACAGCUCUGUUAACUUGUCGUGGAAGACGAUUCCGUAUAAGGAGCAGCGAGGCUUUCUCACACACUACAGGUUGUGCAGAGUGAAAAUCAGUUCACAGGAUGAGCCAGAAGUGUGCUCCAACAUAUCAGCCUCAACGGUAAAAUACCGUCUGGAAAACUUGACACCAGGAGCUAAAUACAACGUUAGCCUCGCUGGAGUUACACGGAAGGGAGAAGGACCAAAAGCCACGAUAACAAUCACCACGAGGCCAGAGAAACACUUGAAUGUGUGGUUGAGUUUAGGCUUGCUGUUUAUAUUCUUUUCCUUCACAAUGGUGUGCACCAUUGUCCUGAACAAAAUCAAAAAUAGGAUCUUUCCUCCUGUGCCAACGCCUGUUAUUCCAGAUUUCACGCCCUGUCCGAAGUGUGAGGAGAUGUUGGAGAACAAAGAGGAGGUCCAUGACCUGACGCUGUACCAAGUGCAUUCAGAGGGAAAGUCUCUCUCUGAGGAGGCAGAAGAGACCACGGUGCUCGGAGGAGAGUGGGGUGAUGGGACUGACGAGGACGUGGAGAAUGAGAGGAGUGACUCAGGAGGCUCCGAUGAUGAGUGUUUGAGUCCUAGUUCUGCAAAUCAGGCACUGAAGACAGACCUUGAACAGGUGGAAAAUGAACUCACCAUGCUGAUAUACAGAACUGGUUUAGUGUUUGAUACGAAGACAGACUUAUAGAUGGAUUUAUCUUUAAAUACCUCAUUGCACACAAUUGCACAAAGAUAGGCUUAUUUGUUGUCUCACACAGAAAACUGGACAAAUUUUCCACAAGCAAUGAUUUAUCUGCAAAAACAUUUUGUCAUUAAAGUUGUCUAGUUUUUAACUGUUUGACAUUAAUGUAUUUUUCACUUUUUACUCAUGUUUUAAUUACAAUGUCGGUAUGUGGCAGGAGGAUUGUUCAGCAUGUUUUGUCAAUAAACCUUUUUUUAAAU